ACGGUGAGGGGUCAAUGUGUGGGGGUCACUGGUUGGUACCACGUGGUGACGUAAAACCGGCGUUUACAUUGGACAUUUGAUACUUCGCGCGUCAUACGUUAUGUUGAGACAUUUUUUAGGGCUAAAUAGUUUUGUAUACUGAGUUCAAACUGCUUGUGAAAGUAGGCUACUGUUUUGUCAACUCCAACACACUAGGAAGUGAAGGAAGUGAGGCUAACUUGUAAUGUAGCUAGGCUUGACUGGGGUGUCUUAAAAUCCUUUGCACGAACGUCGAAUAAUUUCCUGGUUUCUCUAAUAACUUCAUUUUUUUAUCUCAGGGAAUGUAUUUUCUUUAAACGACUAUGUACUAACGUGGCAUAAUAAAUAGAAGCUUGGCUUAAAUGUACCAAAACGAUAGUUUCAAACUAUCUUGGAGCUGUCAUAGAUAACGUUAGUCGGGCUACUCUGAACUCUCACUAAAAUGUAACAGAAAUACGUGUCUGUAUUGUAUUCACCAGCACGUCGUUGAAUAAACGUAAGCUACAAUAUGAGCAACGGAAAACCCUCCUUGGUUGACGGCGAAAUCAACGACAAUGAAAAUGUGUCGGAUUUGGAAAAAAAUAAAAUUUUGUCUGCCGGAGACAGCGAGGAGGUGCGCCCGGAGAACAAUAUACAACUCAACCGGAACGGCGACGAUACAACUCAAACCAUCAAACUAUACAAACGACGAUGGUUCAUCGUGUUGCUGUUCAGCUCGUAUUCUCUCUGUAACUCGUUYCAAUGGAUCCAGUACGGAAUUAUCAACAACAUUUUCAUGAGGUUCUACGGGGUCGAAUCUUUCACCAUAGAUUGGAUGUCUAUGAUAUACAUGUUGACUUACAUUCCCUUCAUAUUCCCAGUCACCUGGCUACUGGAUAAGAAGGGUCUCCGUAUUAUUGCGCUGGUGGCUACGGCCAUGAAUUGCGCGGGGACUUGGAUCAAGGUGACAAGCGUGAGACCUGAUCUGUUUGCGGUGACUAUGCUCGGACAGUUCUGUUGCUCCCUUGCGCAAGUAUUUAUCCUCGGGAUGCCGUCGAAGAUCGCCUCGGUGUGGUUCGGAUCGGAGGAAGUGUCCACCGCUUGCUCCAUCGGGGUCUUCGGAAACCAGUUGGGUAUAGCCAUUGGGUUCCUGGUCCCUCCCAUCCUGGUGCCUAACGUGGAGGACAUGGAUCAGCUGGCCUAUCACAUCAGUAUCAUGUUCUACAUCACAGCAGGAGUUGCUACGCUGCUCUUCAUACUGGUCGUCAUAGAUGAUCAUCGAACACUACCCUGGUGAAGAGUUGAACGCAGGGAGGAUAGGCCUCACCAUCGUUAUCGCUGGAAUGGUGGGGUCGCUGAUCUGUGGUAUCUGGCUGGACAGAACCAAAACAUACAAACAGACUACCCUGGCUGUCUACCUCAUGUCCUUCGUAGGGAUGUUGGUCUACGCCUUCACCCUCAGUCUGGGUCAUCUCUGGGUAGUCUUCCUCACCGCUGGAGCCCUGGGGUUCUUCAUGACAGGCUAUCUUCCCCUGGGCUUUGAGUUUGGUGUGGAGCUAACCUACCCCGAGUGUGAAGGCACCUCUUCAGGCCUGCUCAACUGCUCUGCACAGACACCUGGCUGGCGCUGGACACCGGCUGCUGCCGGGGUGUUGUCUAACACCAUGCUGGCUUGUCUGGACGUCUUCAGUCUACGACACGUCUGCCGCCUGCUGUCUAGACACCUGCUGGUUGCCUGUUGUCUGAACGCCUGGCGCCUGGCUGUCUAG